AUGCCCGCGAGCCUCCGCCAUGGCUGCCCGGACGGCGUGUACAUGAGUAUCACGCCUGGCGAUACGUCCGUCUGGACUGGCGUGAUGUUCAUCCGCAAAGGCCCAUAUGCACCUGCAAUUCUCCGAGUCCAGAUUUCUUUUCCACGGGCAUAUCCAGCGGUGCCGCCGCUGGUGACACUGUCCACGGACAUUUUCCACCCGCUGGUGACUCCACUGACCACGUAUACCUACACGACUGGCUCGGCGAGCGGUGAGACUGUCAGUGCCACCGACGAAGAGCGUCUUCCCCCUGGCGGCUUCAGCCUCCGCCAUGGUUUCCCGCAAUGGUUUUCGCGUACGCGUCGGAGCACCAAAAACAGCCAGCCCGACGCCGGCGACGAAACCAACCACCACCCGCCCCCCGUUGCCAAGAUCCUCAAGUAUAUCCAGGCAUCAUUCACCGACGAGUCCAUCCUGGACUCGGUGACGGUUGAGUCUGCCGCCAACCCGGGGGCUUAUCACGCGUGGCGGUCCUACAGGGACAACCAGUACACUGAACUGCAGCCCAUGACCAAGCCCAGCGCCGCGCCCGCAACCAGGAGCCGCCAUCCGGGCGAAUGGAACUGGGAAGGCGUGUGGGAAGAAAGAGUCAAGAAAGGCAUUAACGGCAGCAUCUCCGACGGCGUGCUCUACGGCGCUGGGGUCGAGGGCGACGAUGUGGUUCGGUUUGCUCAAGUCGACAAGGACAUUCUCGAAAAAGCGAAGGCGCGAAUCCUCAAGCAAGCAUAG